AAUAAUCCUUCUAAGUUGAUUAGAAGUCAGAAUUAUGAUCUCCUCAACACUCCUUCAAUUCUUUAUUUAUCUCAUCAAUUGAUGAUGCUUCUUUCAUAUCACUAAUAAUUACAUUCAACUAAAUUGAUUUACUUUGUAAUGUCAAACACCGGCGACGACGCCGUCCUAAGCGACGUCGACGACGAAAAUCCGGUGCCAAUCGAAGCGACAUUCACGUCACCGCAAGACGACAAAUUUCAACAGCUUCUAGCGGAGCUCGAUCGCGAGCGUCAAUCGCGGCAAGCUCUAGAAGCAUCCAAAUCCGACUUACAAACUUCAUUCAAUCGGUUGAAAUCAUUAGCUCACGACGCGAUUAAGAAGCGCGACGAGAGUAAUCGAUUAAAAGACGAAGCUUUGAAAUCGAAUGAUCAGUUGAAAAUCCAGUUACAGGAGUUAGUGAAACAUAGAGAUGAGGUUUUUAAGGAGUUUAACGAGAAGUGUGAUGAGGCUUGUAAGGCGAAAGAGACGUUAAAAUCGGAAGUUGAGACUGCAGCUCAAAUGAUGUUGAAUGGAAUCGAGGCGAUUUCGGAGAAAGUUAGUGGCUUUAAGGAGUUUAGAGUAGGUGGAUUGCCUAGGUCUCAGAAGUAUACUGGAUUGCCUGCUGUUGCGUAUGGUGUUAUGAAGCGGACGAAUGAGAUUGUCGAGGAGAUGAUUAGGCAGGUUCAGGUGAUUGGGAAGGAGAGGGAUGAGGCGCGUGAAUUGAUUGAGCAGAGGAAUUUUGAGAUUGCUAUUGAGGUUUCGGAGCUUGAAUCGAGGAUUGAUGGAUUGAAAGAAGAGGUCUCGAAGAAGAGUAGUGUUGUGGAGGAUUUGGAGAAGUUGUUGGGUGAGAAGGAUAAGAAGUUGUGUGAUGUGGAAAGAGGGAUGUCGAUGAAGUUAGGUUUGGCGGAGAAAGAGUUGGAGGGGUUGAGGAUGUGUUUUAGUGAGAGUGAGGAUAAGUUGAAGAAUUUGGAGACGAAGAUGGAGUUGCAAAGACCUUUGUUUGUUGAUCAGUUGAAUUAUGUUGCGAAAAUACAUGAUCAGAUUGAUAAUGUAAUUAAGUUAGUGGAUGCUGAUAAGGUGGAUCACUCAGAGUUGGCGGAGUCUUUGUUUCUGCCUAAAGAAACUGAUAUGGAGGAGAAUAUUCGUGCUUCUUUAGCAGGAAUGGUAUCGAUACAUGAAUUAGGUAGAAUUGUUGUUGAGAAAAUAAAGCAGUUAGUGGAGGAGAGGAGUAUUGAAGUGAACAGGCUAAAUCAGACAGUUUCUCGUUUAAUGAAGGAGAAAGAGUAUACCGGAACCUUGCUAAGAAGUGCUUUAUCUAAAAGAGUGUCAUCGGAUUUGUCUUCUGAAACAAAUGAACUCUUCAAAGUUGCGGAGAAAGGAUUAAAAGCGGCUGGUAUCAAGUAUAAGUUCAGUAAUCAUCUGGCAGAUGGAAAUGUACUGGCUUUGAAUGAUGAGGCAGGCACUGUGGUUGCGGAGGAUGAUGAGAUAUAUACUUUGGCGGGUGCACUGGAGAAUAUUAUCAAGCAAUCCCAGCUCGAAAUCAUUGAGCUAAAGCACACUAUUGAUGAACAAAGGCAAGAGACAAAUUUACUCAGACAGCAAUAUGAUGCUCAAGCUCAGGAGCUCAUUCAAAGAAAACAAGAUGUGGAGGAACUUGAAGAGAAAGAGAAAACUGCAAAGGAAAAUGUUGAAGGGCUUAUGAUGGACAUUGCCGUAGCUGAAGAAGAAAUUACACGAUGGAAAGUAGCUGCACAACAAGAAGCUGAUGCAGGCAAAGCCAUCGAACAUGAUUUUGUGGCACAGUUAUUAGUUGUUCGCCAGGAACUUAAAGAGGCAAAUCAAGCUGUAAUAGAGUUGGAGAAUAAACUUAAAUUUAAGGAAGAAACAGCAAAUGCUGCCAUGGCAGCACGAGAUGCAGCUGAGAAAUCAUUGACUUUGGCUGAUUUGAGGUCUUCUAGACUUAGAGACAAGGUGGAGGAGCUAACUUGUCAGCUUGAAACACACGAAAACCCGAGGUCUGUUCUAAGUAGACCAAGAUAUGUAUGUUGGCCAUGGGAAUGGCUUGGCCUGAACUUUGUGGGAUUUCCCUUGCUUGAUACACGUCAACAAAGUUCUAAUGAAAUGGAACUAUCUGAGCCUCUUGUGUAGCUGUACAUAUUGCAUCCCUUCUUCUUUUUUUCUUUUUUUAUGUGAAUUAUUCAUUAAAUUUCCUCUCUCAAUGUGAAUAUAACUUGUAGAACCUGUAGGUGGGGGUGGGGGGGCAUGUCCAAUUUUCAGGGUUCCGUUUCUGACGGAACAUUGAUCAAGUGAACUCUACAUGCAUGACUACGAGGCAGAGUUAGGUAUUGUGUUUAUUUUUUGUUUUCA